GAGACUUGAACUGCAUAGCGAUGUUCAACUUACUGAGGUUCACACUUUGCAGCGCGAUAUUUUUCAUGUCUGUUUCCUGUACACCAAGAAAAGCCACCGUCAAGGUAAGACAUAUAUUUGAGUUUUUCCUUGAAGAUAACCUCGUGUUCUCUGUAAAAGAACGAUAAUUAAUAUUUUACAAAACUACACGUUGUAUGUUUGAGCUCAAAUUUAUCGUGAUGGGAGCAUGAUCCCAAUUUUCAAAUAUUUUUCUCGCUGGUGAAUUUUCUGAAGAGAUAACAAUGAAAGUCGCCUUUUUAUGAUAAGUUAAGAAAGGUUCAAAGGAGGAGAAAGAACAAAUAAUUUUCUCCCUUUUUUCUAUUUUGAUUAAUAUUCUGUUUGUUGACGUUUUAUGAGCUGCACGCGAUAAUCUGACAUUAGAAUGAGCCGUAAUUCAGAAUUCUUUCUGCAGUUCUUUGCAGCCAUGGUAAUGAACCCUGCCAUUAAUACAACGGCGUGAUCCGGGGUCUAUAGGCUCCAUUUCCAGAAUAUAAAAUAACAUGAUAAGUCAUAUUUUAAAACUGGGAGAAAGUUUAAAGUUUUAAAGUUCGGUUUAUGAUAAUCUCCUAUUCGAUGCUAAAAUCUCAGAAGUCAUUUUUUGCGGGAGUGUGUUAAAAUGCGUUGUGACAGAAGACACUCUUUCUUUUUCUUGAAUAAACUUUGUUGUCAAGAAAUGUUGUGCUCAUACACCUGUUGCUGUGGGUGGUAGCGUGGUGUUAGUUUUCUUGAAUUAGCUCCACGAUCCGUAGUCAAUCCCGUCGAGGUUCUUUUUCGGUCAGUCGAAUGUACUUCCUGUUUUCUCGGUAAGAGAUAAACGUCGUCAUGGCAACUAAAAAAUAACUUUCUGACCGGCGAGUCACAUCGCAAUUUAAGCCUACUUCCGGGUUUUAAGGUUUGACUUUUUUGAUAAAAAUCACCCGUUUGCAUGGAAUCUUUAGUAACUGAACAACAAACAGCGAGCCUUGUGGACCCUGAGCAGUGUAACAACUUUUCCGAAUUCCCAUCGUAAACUUCCAUUAUGACUUCUAUUAAAUUGUCUUUUAAUUUAAAUUAAUUUUGUUUGAUAUUGUUGUUUCUCUUUUUCUGAGGGAAGGAGUUGAAAAAACAUUGUUAUUUAUUGUCAUCACCAUCAUAACCACUAUUUUUUGUUCUUAUUAUCACAUGAAGUACGAAGAGUCACCGAGACAGAUGCUCCUUCGACUCGAGCCUGGUUACAAACGUUUCCUUGAUUCCAAGAGAGGUAAGGACAGCUUAGCCUGUCAAUUUGAUGACAUUUGUAGAACACCUUUCAGUGUUAAUGUAAAUAACUGUUUUCGCGCGACGUUGGCCUCCCCAUCUUAGUUAAUGUGCAAGCAAUCUACUCUGUAGCGAAGAGAGCCUUGAUAAGAAAUCUACUCUUCUACCUGAUUAACGUGACCUAUUCUACGAAUUAGACUCAACUAUGAAGAAACUGGGACUUGUGUCUUACUCAGGCAACUCACAUUGAACGAGAGGGCAGUGGGGAGGAGAGAGUGGAAUUUACCGCAUUGGGCACUGAACGGGGCGUGUAGAGUAAUAAACAAACGCUAUUGUCAUUUGCUCUCAGUCAGCCUGUGACCCCCCCCAACCCGUCACGCGCUCCCAAGAUAAAAUCGACCGUUGUAAAUCAUUUUUGCCCCGGCGUUAUGCUUAAUAACAUCAACUAAUGCGUAUUUUCUUUCAGAAAAUGACCAGCCUUCCGAGAUAAAGUGUGGGUUGUUCCCAGAAGUCAUCCAAGUUGAACCCGAUGUCACCGCCCUAAGGAAUUCCCCUCAGUUUGUGCAAGUUAAUCGUUGUAAGGGCUCAUGUGACCAUGCUCUUAUCUUAGAAACAUGUAAACCAACAAAAAUACGCAGCAUACCUGUCAGAGUAUCCCCUGAAAGUGGCAAUAGUUAUGACGUAGACGUUGAAGAUCACGAGGAGUGCAAGUGUACUUGCCGAGCCCAGUGCAAUCCCGAAAUUCAUGUCCUUAAUGAGAAACUAUGUAAAUGUGAGUGCAGUAAGAAAUGUCCAGAUGGGAAAAUGCAAGAUCCAUCUAGUUGUGAAUGUAAUGGGUAAACAAGAAGAGAAUUAUCUCGGCUGACCGAGUAUUAGCCAUUUCAAUGAACGCUUUAUAGAUGAUUUAAUGUGUAAAACUUAAGGCUUUAGCGAAAAGCGUUGAAUUUCUCUUUCAGUAAUAAUUUCAAUAAUAAUAUAAUUUAUGCAGUGGAAGCUCUCGUAAGUGGACACCCUCGGGACGCCAGGGACGCGCGAGGGAUGCGAGAAAGGUGCCCGUAAUUGGAACUGGCCCCUUAAGGAAAUGUAAAAAUUCAAAAUUUGUAUGGGAGUUGAGUAAAACCCCGGGGGGACCCCCAUAUAAAAGUGACGGGGAUGCUCGUCGGAAAAUUCAAAUUAAACCCUCAAGGGAGACCAAUGUGGGUAUGGCUCAAGCUUAAACUGACCCGUAAAGGAGAUUUCUGGUUGGUCAGUGUCGGGGCAUUUCUUGUAAAUUUCUUUAUGCACAGUACUAAGUGAUACCAGAAUGGUAAUGGU